AUGCGCCAGCCACGCCGCACCGCGCUGCUGCUGCCGCCGUGGCUCAUGAUGGUGGUGUGUUGCGUUGGUGUUUGCGUUGCCGCCGAUCCCGCCGUGAAGCACCGCUGUGGGUUUGACGCGAUGAUGAAGAAAUACGGCCGGCUGCCGACUGCGGUGGUGCGUGAGGUGCCGCGCCGGGGACAGGGCGCCAUGCAGGCGUACACCGCCGCCGGCGAGGAUGGGGACGAUGGCUGGGCUCCGAUCCGCAUCAAGGUGUCCGCGGAGGACAUGUUUGACCCGUUGAGGCACUGCACUGCGGUGGGGGAUCUGCGCAUUGACCACGGAGGCCGCGCAAUAACAUGCGAGGCGGACGACGUGUUGACGGAGGAGAGGAGGAACAUUGUUUUGAGGCAAACUCUCCCCGCCGCAAUUCAACUGCACUCGGAGCGUCUCUCCGUGAGGCCCGUGACGCGCCCCGUCGUUAUUCCACAGACCGGUCUGGGUUUGUGCGAUAAAUUCACCAUCCCUCGCAGGCACCGCACGGUGGGUGUGGCUGGCGCCGACAUGAUUCUUUACGCCAACAUUUUUCCGACUUAUGGUCCAGCCGCGUGGGCGGUUCAGUGCUCCCUGCUGGAUGAUGGCCGUCCAUUUGCUUCUGCCGUGAACUUUGACCCGAAGAAAUUGGCGGUGACAAAUGAGUACGUGCGUUUGGUAGCCCACGAGUUGGGGCAUGCUCUUGGGUUUGGACGGGAUGUGUUUUUGCUGUUAAAUAUGAUUUCCGAGGUCCCGAACGUGCGCGGGAGGCCCAAGGUAUCGGUGGUUUCGACGCCGAACGCGAAGGCAAUGGCGCGUCAGUACCACAGCUGCCCCACGCUUGAGGGCAUUGAGCUGGAGGACGAGGGUGGUCCCGAAAGUGUACUGUCACAUUGGAAGAAACGCAACACGAGGGACGAGCUGAUGACUAGUGAUGUGGGGGUUGGGCUGUACUCGGCACUGACGCUUGCAGCAUUUGAGGACAUGGGUUUUUAUUUGGCAAACUAC